UAGACAGACAGCAGAGCGCAUCAAGCAACAAGUACCCAAACCCGUCGCUGAAAUAGUGCAAUAUUUCUUAUUUCUGUAUUGAGAGACAUGGAUUACCAACUUUUGGGGAAAUUUUGAAUCGACACGCACUUUAUAAUUAUGAUGUCACCGCUUAGUUUUAUUGCAGUUUUACAAAAUGUUAAGUUUUGGGAGAACGUUUUCUUUAUUGGAGACAUGGACUAAUAAAUACCCAGAGAAGAAGAUAGCUUUUUUUUUCAGCAUCUUGGAAUAAUGAUUUAUGCUUUCUGGAUCGAUCGUUCAUUGGGGAUUUAAACAACAAUAAUCAUUAUAUAUAUGUAUAUAUAUAUAUAAUCUAUUUGUAGUUGUAAUCAAGCCAUGGAACUAUUAUUCGAAAUUCUGUUUGUAACUACUUUUGUCACUUUGAUUCGGGUUAAUGGUGAAGUAAAGCCAAAGCCAUCCAAGCAUCCAGGCCUGCAGGUCUUGGCCACGGCCUCACACUAUUGGCCGCUGGAUUCGGUGGACGGGAUCCAUGGACUGUGGGACCAGAUUGGAAACAGACCAGGUCAUGUUAAUGGAAGUGAUAUAACUCUCCAAAUCCACAAGCACACUGUGCUCCCUUCCUCCCAUAACUCUUCCUCUGUGUAUACCAAUGACUCUGCCUACACUAACAUUUCUGCAACAGUAGACAUAGUUGAAGGGAUGGUCAACAAGGGCAUCUAUCUGAAUGGAGAUAAUGGCGGCACCUUUCUCCACUUUGGGAACUACCAGAACUCCUGCAUUAGUGACCCAACUCUGUGUGGUCCUGAGGGAAUAACAUUUUCCUUCUUUUGGAAGAACCAGGAGGCAGAGUCACGUUUUGCAAUAGCCUCUGGAGGGAAAGUCAUCUCCAAUGGCUUCUCUGUCUAUGCCAAUGCCUACGCUGGAUACGUAGAGUUCUACACACGAGGCAACUCGAAGAGGUGGAGGGCUAACAUCAAUAUACCAGGGCCCUUCUGGACCCACAUUCUGUUCACUUGGACCCUGACGGACGGUCUCAACAUCUACAUCAACGGGACGUUCAACACCAGCGACCCCACUGGCAACGUGUCCAUGAACUAUGGGGACCCUUACCCUGACCUGGUCAUUGGGACAGGAAAUGAGCAGUCCUAUGGACACUACGUGACAGGGGCCUUUGAUGAGUUUGUCAUCUGGGAGAGGGCCCUGUCACCAGAGGAGAUCCUCAUGUACUACAAAGCUGCCAUAGGUGAUACUUUGACUUACCCUACCACAACAAGCGUUCCUAAAGAAGUCUCCUCUACGAUGCAAACACUGGGAGUCGCAGAUGUGUCCUAUUCUAUCAUCACCAAGCUGAGUGAGGAGAUCCACAGCUCCCAGGACCCCGUGCCCAUGUUAGGCUUCCUGGAGUCUCUGCCAUUCAGCCUGCCCAACAAGACCAUCCCCCACGACACUGCCGACAACUUCACACAGGCUUUUCUGAAGAGUGUGGAGGAGGUGUUGUCUUCUGAAGUGGCCAGGGAAGAUGAGGAGUCCAGCCCAGUGGUCAGUGGGCUGAUUGAGACAGUGGACAACGUGAUGGUCCAGAUGGUGUCCAGCCUGGAUUCCAGCCCCAGCCCCCAAUCUCUCAUCUCACUGGGAGGAAAGUCCUUUGUAGCAGAUUACUCUCUGAUGAAGAUUCCACAGAACUACAAUCUUCCUCAUUACCGCUUCCCCAUGCAAGGAAAGAACUACAUCUCAGUGCCCGGCGAGGCGUUCACCAUGCAGUCCCAAACCACAAUCGUAGGUCUUUUCUACCACAACAUGCACAACUACUACAGAGAGAUCAGCCCACUCAGGACCAGGAUCAACGAGGCGGCUGAUUUCAAAGACCAUAAGAUCCAGGUGGCCAGUUUCCUCAUCUCACUGAAGGUGGAGCCAUCACCUGCCCUGUCCGUCAACCUGUCUGGGGCUCCGCUCAUCAAGAUCGUCCUCACACACAUCCUGAACAGGGAUCAGCAGGGUCAAGCCUUAAACCAAAGCAACAAAGUGUUCCUCUACUGUGCCUUCCUCGACUACAGUUCAAAGGUGGGUGUUUGGUCCAAUGAGGGCUGUGUGCGGUCCGGAGGGAACAUGUCCUACUCGGUGUGUCUGUGUAACCAUCUCACCAACUUCGCCAUUCUCAUGCAGGUGGUUCCCAUGGAGCUAACCAAGGCCCACCAGGUGGCGUUAUCAACCAUCAGUUACAUUGGCUGCUCUAUAUCUAUCUUCUGUCUGACCAUCACACUGGUGACAUUUGCAAUCUUGUCGUCAGUGAGCACUAUCCGUAACCAACGCUACCACAUCCAUGCCAACCUGUCCUUUGCCAUCCUGGUGGCCCAGAUCCUGCUGCUCAUCAGCUUCUGCUUUGACCCAGGCACGCUGCCCUGUAAGGUGAUGGCUGUGCUGCUCCACUUCUUCUUCCUGAGUGCGUUUGCCUGGAUGCUGGUGGAGGGCCUGCACCUCUACAGCAUGGUCAUCAAGGUUUUCGGCUCAGAGGGCAGCAAGCAUUUCUACUACUAUGGGAUUGGCUGGGGGUCUCCAUUGGUGAUAUGUGUGGUCUCUAUGACAUCAGCCUUGGACAGCUAUGGAGAGGUUGGGAACUGUUGGCUGUCCUUGAAGAAUGGGGCUAUUUGGGCGUUUGUGGCACCAGCACUGUUUGUCAUUGUGGUGAAUAUUGUGAUUCUUAUAUCUGUAAUGAGGAUCAUCUCUCGUAUUAGUUCAGAGAAUUACAAGGUUCAUGGCGAUGCCAACGCAGUCAAGCUGACUGCAAAGGCAGUGGCUGUGCUCCUUCCUAUUCUGGGCAUCUCCUGGAUCUUUGGGGUACUGGCCAUCAACGAUCACGCACUGAUGUUCCAGUACAUGUUUGCUGUUUUCAACUCAUUACAGGGAUUCUUUAUCUUCCUGUUCCAUUGUCUUCUCAACUCUGAGGUCAGAGCUGCCUUUAAGCACAAAACCAAGGUGUGGUCGCUAACCAGCAGCUCCAUUCGCAACAUCAAUGUGAAACCCUUCAAUUCUGACGUUAUGAAUGGAAACAGGGGAGGGGCGAGCCCCACAAAGAUGAACACAUGGGACAAAAGCACCAACUCAGCCAAUCGGAUCGACCUCUCUGCUGUCUAAAACUGGAGGGCAUCACUUCGAGCAAGGGCAGAAAUAGGAUGCCAUGCCAACCAGGGGUUGACUAGUGUAGAUUCAUUGACAGACACUGGCUAAAGCAUUGUGCUGUUGUCCACUGUUAUAUGUGAUAUGACUCAAAAGGAAAAGCUUUAGAUAAGGGGGUAUGCUGUGGUUCAGCUGCAUUGUCAGGAUGUCAUGCGUCUUCAUUCAGACCUCUAUACACAAUGACAGUGAGUAUCCAUUCUUACAGGCAUCUCUGAGCUUAGCUUCCAUAGCCCACAGCCUCCCGCUCCCUUACUCCUUCAACAUUACAAUGAUUUGAUGUAAAGAUGUAACCCCAAAUGGAACAUACUGUAAUCUCCCCCUGAUGACAAACAGACUCAGACUGUGCCUAUCUCUUAUAAAAGACAGCUGGCCAGACCCAUUUAGGGAAGGGAAUUCUGAGGGGACCCAUGGUUUGGGAACAGAGUGAGAUUAUAAUGGCUCUUAACCUUGAGGAUUUAAAGCAUGCCAUUAACUGUUAGUUUUUGUCCACCAUAUUGUGUAUAAUGUCUUGAAAUGUUUCUACCCAAGUAUUUUUCAUGAAUAAUGAUCCAUUUGACCAGAGGCUAUCCAAUGUUUAGCAUUGGUAUAUUUUGUGAUAUGUAAACAUAGUGUAGCUUUUACUUUUUGGAGUGUUAUAGCUACUUUCAGUAUGUAUUAUGGUUAUGACGAAGAGGCUAGUAGCAACCUGGUAAUCGGUUUGUUCUGGUUCAGAAUGGUUAUUCUAAUACAUGAUUAUCACAGGCUCCUGGCUGCAUGGCACACUAAGCAUUAUGUGUUGAACCAAUGAAAAUAAUAAAUUACAAUUAUUUUCUGUUUGAAAUAUUUAAUUUCCAGAAAGUGCAGAACAUUAAAUCUAGCCCCAAAUAAACAUGUGCCUUAUCGUAGGGAUAGUUGAUACAAGGAAGAAUACUUUCACUAAUGUAAAAAGUGUAAUCAAAUGAAGAAAAAAAACAUAGUUUAAUGUAUUUAUUUAUGGAUUUUGUGAUUCUUAACAUUUUUGCAAAGCACCAGAGCAGUCACUCGAAAUAUGUUUUCUUUGUGUGUUGUUUCUUCUUACGAUGAAGAUGAGUUGACAAUGGUAUUUCAUAAUGUACCUCAUGUCUCUGUAAGCUGCAGUAUUUCAUGUUUUUUUUUUAAAUAGAGAAGUAUUAAUUGUGUUAGACACAAUUCUGUGAAUUUUUUUAAUCAGUGUUCCAUUUAACUUUUCAAAUUACGUAGAUCAUUAGAUGUUUUAUGCUUUAUCUUUGAGUAGAGGAUACAUAGUUAUAGGAUAGCAUAUUCAUGUCUUUCACAAACACAAGAGUGGGACUUUGAAUUGAGGCCCAGCAAAUUGUCUUUUGUUGAGUUUCACUGUGAGAUUGGAGAGAAAUGUCUGAUGAGAUGUUGAUGGUUCUGACACUGUACCAACACUUAGUCUCCUACAAUAGGAUUUGCUGUAUGAAAUCAUUUAAAAACACUUCCUAUGACUUGUCUUUUUUCAGUAUUUCAGAACAGACCAUCAUCUUAUGGCCUGUCUUUUGCUUGUUUUCUAAGGUACUUUCUGUGUUUAAGUUUGUUGAAUAAAAAAACAAACAUGAAAACGUAUUGUAUGUAAUUCCUCUCUCAACAGUCCCCAAUAUCCUUCCUACUGUAUGUUAAAAUGAAUAAAAAAUAAUACCGUCUCACGUGCGCUAUCUAUUGGAAGUAUUGAAACUGCAGUAGGCCUAAGAAGUGGCAAUACUAAAAUAAAGAAAAGGAUUGUGGUGGA